AUGGCGAACGCGGUGAGCGCCAUCUCCGCGGUGUCCGGCGCGGCGAGGUCGUUCGGCCGGCUGUCAUCGACCACAGAGGCCGCCAGUCUGUGCCCCGCUCCCGCUCUUUCCGCCAGCCAAGCCAUCAUCGAGGAGAGCUCUGUGCUGGUCAGCGAAGGCGCGAGGCGUUUCGCGCACGGCCCGAGAGUCUCGUCCCCCGACCGUUCGUCCUCGCAUAGCCUUCGCUUCGACGACGAUUGCACGCAGUCAGGGCUGAAGCAGGCCAACGGCUGGUCGCUCGAGAGGACAGCGUUCGAGACGAAAGCCGGUCCCAGCGCCUCUGCCUGCAGCAACGGGAGAGGCCUUCUUUCAAGCGGCAGUAGUAUCCUGUGGCAAGAGCGAGCGGACUCGCCGGAGGCAGCUGUAUUCCGUCUCGCACCUGUCGGCCCGCCGUUUUCGUGUGGAGGUAGUUGGGAGCCAAAUGGGAAAGCAGGGCACGUGGCGCCUUCGCGCAGAGCCCACUUACCGGUGAGAAAGCCUCAGAAGCCUUUAAGAGGCGUGCAAAGUCUUGCCCGCGGUUCCUCCGCCGGCACGCCGCCGAUGCUUCCACUAGCGCUGCUGUCGCAGUCGAGCGAGGCCAUGGCGUGGCAGCUGUACCUGCAGCACCUAGACGGGUCGCAAGUGCGGGAACCGCGGGACUUACCCGACUCACGAGACUCGAGAGAUUCGCGGGAUUCACGGGAGUCAAGGGGGUUAAGACGGUCAACCCCCAAGGGCGUGAGGGAGAGGGCAGUGUUUUUGGAGGAGCUGGGUGUGGAUAUGGUAGCAGCCAUCGUGAAGUGCCCAGCGCUCAUGGACACGACGCUGCCUGUCAUGCGAGCAGCUCUCCACUUCCUGCGCGUGGACGUCGGCAUCUGCACGCCGCGCGACAUCGAACGCGUCGUGCAUCGCUGCCCGCAAAUUCUGACGCUGGAUGUCGAGGAGCGGCUCCUCCCCGUGGUGUAUCUACUGCGCCGCGACCUCGGCCUGGACAGAGCGCAUGCUAAAAAGGUAAUCUCUCGCUGCCCUGCGCUGCUGGUUCAGCCGAUCGACACGGUGCUACUGCCGGCCGUCAAUUUCCUGCGCGCCAUGGGAGUCGAGAAUCUCGCGAAGACGGUCGUUAACAAUCCGUCGCUGCUGAGCGUGGACCCCCAGCAGAAGCUGCUGCCCAGACUGAGCUUCCUGCAGGAGCAAGGGCUCACGGCGGACGAGGCGAAGCGGGUGCUGGCUCGCUGUCCCGCCAUAUUCAACUACAGCAUCCAGAGCAACCUGGCUCCCAAGCUGCAGUUCCUCACAGGGACCAUGCGGCGCUCCGUAAAGGAGAUCCUAUCUUUUCCGCAGUUCUUCUCGUUCAGCCUCGAUGGGCGCAUCCAGCCUAGGUUUCGCAUGGCAGCGGAGAGGGGGUUGUCUCUCAGCCUGGGCGCGCUGCUUGCCCUUCCUGAGGAUGCUUUUCUCAUCAACUGCGGGAAGCUGAGCGAGUCGUGCCAAGCUAUGGAGCAGAGAGCCAUGAGUUCAAUGGCCGCGUCAGCGGCUCUGCGUUGCGUGGCCAUGUCGCAGGCUCUCCACGUGAGUGUCGUCCCUUCCUCGCAGCACCAGUCCCAGUCGUCGCAUGGAGUCGUCGCAUCGUGUGCGCGCGUGCAAGUUGGCGGCAGCUGCACCGACUCGUCGUUCCUGGGAUGCUCACGGGUGUCGGUGGGGAGGAGACAAGCGGGUUCGAAGCGCAUGGUAACGAGGAUGGCGCCGGAUGAAGAGAAGAUGACCAAGCGCUCCCCACUCGACUUUCCUGUGGAAUGGGAGCGACCCGGGCCCGGACGGAGACCGGACAUCUUCCCGCAGUUCUCCCCGCUGAAGCCCCCGCUUCCGCAGCCGCCCCCAGCGGACCCGCCGUACGAGGAGGAGGAAGACGAGGAGCGCAAGGACCCCGAGAUCGACCCCGACAAGGACCCCGACCAGCCCCCGCCCGAGGAGUAG